AUGGAGCGACAGCAGUAUUCACAUCAGCCUUAUGCACAUCAGCCCUACGCUCAAUAUAAUGCACCUUAUCCAUUGGUACCACCACGAGCACGAACGGUAAACGACAUUCUUCCUGCUUCUAUUCCUGGUGUAUUGGGUGGAUUACAGGUGGUACUCUGGCUUGCUAUAAUAGGCCUUGAAGCAGGAGGUCUAUGGUACGAUGCAUGGCGCGGUACUGCCUAUGCAGGGUUCUGGUGUGCUGUUAUAUACUUUGACACCUGGAUAUCAAUGUUCUGCUACCUAUGUUGUGGUAAAUCGAAGGGAUGUGCAAUCUAUCUUCUUGUUCAAAAUAUAAUCAAUAUGAUUUUUUCUAUCGUACUGAUGGUGAUUACUGCUGGUUUCGUCAACAAUCCUUGUUCGUGUUUCUCAAGUGCUCUCUGUAUAACAAUUAAUUGGAUCGACGUGACUAGUGGCAUUCUCGGUGUUUUUGGACUUGGAUGCAGAGCGAAGUUACCAAUACUUAAGGGUCUUCUUGCCUGUUCUAUAUUAAUGUUUCUCUCAAGCAUUGCCUACAUCAUUGCAUAUAUUGCUAUCAGUAUUUGGCUGUGCAUGAAAGCAAGAUCAAACAUUGUACACGUAGAAGCAGCUUACCAAAAUAAUGUAGACUCGGUCAGAAUAAGACAACAACAACCGGACAGUCUAACCCGUGGUUAUGAAUAUACAGGUCGACCAGAAAAUCAUGGUCCUAGGUCGAAUCUUGAUCAUCAUUUGUCACCAUCGAAAUCGGCACCUCGUCUGGAACAAGAUCCAUAUGAUGAGAGGCCGAUUACACAGCAAACGUAUGUACAUCAGCCCUACGCUCAACAUAGUGCGCCUUAUCCAGUGGUACCACCACGAGCACGAUCGGUAAACGACAUUCUUCCUUCUGCUGUUCCUGCUGUAUUGGGUGGAUUACAAGUUGUACUCUGGCUUGCUAUAAUAGGUCUUGAAGCAGGAGGUCUAUCGUACGAUCCAUGGCGCGGUACUGCCUAUGCAGGGUUCUGGUGUGCUGUUAUAUACUUUGACACCUGGAUAUCGAUGUUCAGCUACUGUGAGUGUUUCUUCAUUUAAUUUAAAGUACAUAUUUCAUUUCUGUUUCAUGUAUUAGUAUGUUGUGGAAAGUCGAAGGGAUGUGCAAUCUAUCUUCUUGUUCAAAAUAUAAUCAAUAU